CGCACAGCGGCCUAGGCGUAAGCUUGGCUGCUUGUGAUCGGAGCCGCCUUGGGCAAUAAAAGGAGCGCUGGCUCCUUAUGCUCCUCCAACAUAAUCGGCCCUCUAGCGCCAUCAUCAUGGUCACCGACGAACUCCCAUCCGACGGCGCCAACGGCGCUCCGCACGCAGCCAGUAAUGGGAAUGGCAUGGCACACAAGAUUCAGGAGCUGCAGGACAUCAUACGCGGUCAGGUGCAUUUGCGAGGCGACCCAAGAUUCAACGAUUAUGCCACUGUCUUCAACGGCAAUGUGACCACCUCAUCGCGCGCGGUUACCCUCCCCCUAGACGCGGAGGAUGUGAGCAAGAUCAUACGAUUUUGCGCGCACCACGGGCUCUCACCCUCUGUCAAGGCCGGCGGGUACAGCACUGCGGGUUGGGGCAUCGGCGGCGACAUCGUGAUCGACCUCUGCAGAAUCGGCGAAUGCGACAUCGAGCCCCCGCACCCUGAUGGGUCGUACACGAGUAUCCGCGACAUGGCGCCGCCGAACAGCAAGGGCAAGGGCAAGAAGGCGGUCAAGCCGCCCCUGACGCCGUCCGAGGAGACACCGUACACGGGAAAGCGCAGGCGGGAGCACGAUCACGACGACGACCACAGCGCGGCCUCUCAUGCUGUCGCAGGCUUUCUCUCUGGCGCCCCCUUUGAGCCAGGUCCCGACUCUCGUACCCCACCUACCCAUCGCCGCAGGUUGGAUAGACAGGGCAACUCGUCCUCCCCCGCUGUGUCGCCGUCCGGGACGUCCAUGCACUCCCCGCCAUCUACGCUCCCUAUCACCUCGAGCCCGUCCACCAAUGGCAAUGGCAGCAACGGCACCUCGAACGGCCGGCCGAGCGCCGCUCGUACGACAUCUGACAGCAGUCCCUUUGGCUAUCUUGACGAGCCCAUGACCACAAGCCCCCUACCUCCUCACGUCGUCCAGUCCAACUUCAAUCCGCACGGGCGCAGCUUCGAAGCCUGGGACGCGCACCCCACUGUCAACACCGUCUUCGCAAACCCCGCUCUCCCGCCCACGCCGCUCGCCAUGCUCGCGCAGGCGGUGCCCGCGCAUGACCGCGCUUUCGUCACGUUCGGCGCGGGGCUGCGGCAGAAGGAGGUCGAUGUGUACACGGCGGAGCACCCGCUGCCGGCGAGGGCGAUGGGCGGGAGCGGGAUGGGCUUCGGAAAGAUACCGUACCAUGUUCCGUUUGCAGCCCAUCCUUCGGGGUCCGCGAUUAUGAUCUCCGCGGGCUUUGGCUUCCAGGGACGUCUGCGCGGCCUCAGCAUCGACGCGCUUGUCGAGGCGGAGGUGGUUCUGGCGGACGGGAGCAUAGCCGUGAUUAACAAGCAAAGUCAUCCCGACCUAUGGUGGGCAAUACGCGGAGCUGGGUCUGCCUUCGGCGUAGUUACGCGCUACAAGGCAGUUGCCUACCCGAUACCCCUUGUCUACGCUGGCAAUCUCAUAUAUCGCUUCCAUCGCGCGACAGCACCGUCAUUGAUCAAGCACUACCGCGACUGCGUCAAGGGCGCACCGCGGGAGCUAUACGUGAAUUUGCUGUUGACCGCCGGUCCUGCGGACAAGGACUCGCUGGUCGUCAUCCAGUUAUGCUAUCUUGGACCCAGGGAACGCGGUCAAGAGUUUAUGCUAGCGAUCAGCUCAUGGGACGGCGAGAAGUGCCUCCUGAACGAGGUUGACGAGAAGAGCUUCUUGCACCAACAAGAUAGCGUAGCUCAAGUCCUGCGAGCGAAAGCCGGCCGCCAGUGGUACAUCCGCUCGACAGUCGUGACGAGCCUGCCCGACGAGGUCAUCCACCACACCGUCCUCCAGUUCGCGGACACACCAGUUGGCUGUACCUGGCUCUUCGAGCUCGCAGGCGGCGCCAUCGGCGACUUUGAUGACACCUGCGUGCCCAAAUCGCAGCGGGAGACGGCGUUCACGCUCGCCGCGCUCCACCAGUGGGAGAUGGACGUGGACGACGAUCGAUGUUUCGACUCCGCGGAAAGGUGGAUCUACGACACCCUCAGGCCGGUGAGCACGGGAGGGCCGUUCCCGAGUUUCCUCGGCCGUCACGAGCCUAUUCCUCGCAUCAAGGCAUGCUACGGUGCCAACUGGGAUCGCCUGUGCGAGCUCAAGAGGCGAUACGACCCGACGAACAUGUUCAGGCAUUCCUUCUGGCCGAUGAACGAGCGAUGGGAGGAGGUCGAGUCGAGGGACAAGGAGCCCCCGACGCCGAAGAUGCCGUUCCAGCACCUGUGAAGUGGUCUUGCAUUGAUGUAUUUGGCCCAAUGAGGCCGCAGUGAAUUCACGGUUGUUAUCUCUCGCUACAUACGGGUAUAUUGGUUGUGCUCUGUAACCCUACUGCUUUCUUGAUGCUGUGUUGCUUCUGACCUGAUUCAUUCUCCUCGCAUACGGCCUUGAUUGGGCAGUUAACGAAUUCCGUUCGGUGACCGC